AAAGACACUAAAAAGACAAGAAAAAAAGAGUAAAACUUUGAAUCAAAAGAGAGAGAGAAACUAAUAAAAAGAAAACAAGCUUUCUUCAACAAAACAACAACGUCAACUUCAACAAAUCAACCACUGCAAUUAAAUUUUGUUUUCUCACCCCCCACAUUCCUCUCUCUCUAUUCUUAAUACCAACCUUAGAUCCCGCUUUCUUGUCUUUCAUGGUCAAACCUUUCACAUUCCUUCAAAAAUCCAAUCUUUCUACUCCCUUUCAUACCCUUCUCUCUGUGUUUUUUUUCAUUGUCAAUUUACUAGUAACAAAAAAUGCAAUCGGAUGAGUCUGAUUCAGAGACCCCUAUGACCCACUUUGUUCAAACUCAGUCCUUUUCUUCUUCAGACACGAAAGGGAAACAUAGGAUACAUGCUGAACUUAAAAGAUUGGAACAGGAAACAAGGUACUUAGAGGAAGAGUUGGAAAAGCUCGAGAGGAUGGACAAAGCAUCUGCUUCAUGCAAAGAGAUGCUUAGCAAUGUCGAGAAAAGGCCCGAUCCGUUACUUCCAUUUUGGUCCCUUAAAUCCUACAUGGGAUCGAUGGUUCGAAGGCCCUCAAGAUUCCAAAAGCUGUUGCAGAUGUUGGAUUCUCUGAUGAUUAAAGAUAAUUGCCAAAGUUCUAUCCUUUUCUCUUUCACCAUUUUAACACCAGAUUGGUCCAGAAAUUUUGUGAGUUUAAUUUUUCAUGAAUGAUUCGCGUGUAUAUAUUAAUUACAGCAAAUACAUAGUGUUUAUAUUUCAGAUAAA